CUUCCGUCUUUUAAACCCAAAACCCCCCUCCUUCUAAAACUCAGUGCAGAGUAACGAUCAACAAUGGAGGAGCCAAUAAAGAAAGGAACGGUGACGUCACUCUCGUCAAUGUUUCCCGCAGAAGACGCGCAGAAAGCAGCGAAGCGCGUGCAGGAUACUAUUACAGAGAAACAGCAGGAGCUCGACAGAGUAAAUGAAUUCAUCGCCGAUAACACAAACCUCAUCAACUUCGUCCAGAAACUUCCAGAAGAACUCCACCACGAUAUUAUGGUUCCAUUUGGGAAAGCGGCGUUUUUUCCUGGACGUUUAAUACACACCAAUGAAAUUCUGGUUCUUUUGGGAGAAGGGUAUUAUGCUGACAGAACAUCAAAGCAAACUGUUGAGAUUUUGAAGAGACGGGGAAAGGAUUUAGAGUCCCAAGCUGAUUCUCUUAAGGCCAUGAUGAAGGAUCUUCAAGCUGAGGCUUCAUUCUUCAAUGCGACAGCAUCUGAAGCAGCAGAGGGUCUUGUGGAGAUAAGGGAAGAAUAUUUGGAGGAAAAAUCUGAAAAGACAUCUGAAUCAGGUCUACCAAAACAAGAUUCUAGUCUCUCUGAAGCAAACAACUUUAAAGAUGAAGAUGAAGAUGAAGAAUAUGCUCGUAUUAUGUCCAGGUUAGAUGAACUUGAGCUUGAAGAACUUGCCGCUGAAAGUGACAAUUGGGAUGAUGACGGUAAACAAAGUAAUACUGCUGAAAAUGACAAUGACAGUGACGAAGACAAGCAAGCUAAAGCUGAUUUUGAUCCAUUUCCGGAUCAGAGUUCAUUUGAUCAUAAUCUUAGACAUCCACAGGAGUUUAUCUCAACCAAACCACUCCAGCAGACAAAAGAAAUUACCACCUCUGAACAGUUCUCUGAUAAUCAUUACCAGCAGAAUUUUACUGAUCAAUCUUGUACAGGAUUGACAGUGCAGGCUGUACCAAAAGAUGCCAUGUCACAUGGCAAAGCUUUAGCACACAAUGCAAAUUACAUUUCUGCUGAGCAGUCAUUAGUGCUUCCUGAAGGGACGGAGAAUGUUGGGACAAUGUCUUCAUCAGGAAAGGAGGUGUCUGCCCAGACUUCCAAAGCAGGGUUUGACAGUGGCAAGGCUUUUACAGGCUCAAUUGUAGAGCACACUCACAAUAUACAUACAAGUACCGAGAAGCCUUCUGGCACCCAACCUUCAAAACCGGUUUCCAGAUUUAAGAUGCAAAGAAAGUAGCUGUUCAUGUGUUAAAAUAUGGAGAUUUAAGAUGCAAAGAAAGUAGCUGUUCAUGUGUUAAAAUAUGGAGAGAUGUGGGGUUUAUACUUGUAAUUUUGAACAGGAACAAAUUAUUCUGAACAAUCUUUAAUUUAAAUUUACACUUU